AAGACAUGAACGUCUUGGAUGACAUUGGGAUCCAGGGCUUUAAUGUGGCUGGGAAGGAUUUCUCUUACGCCAGUGACUGUGCUAGUUUCUUCACUCCUGGUAUCUGGAUGGGGCUUGUCACAUCUCUUCUCAUGGUGCUGGUUCUCACUUACGGCCUGCACAUGAUCAUGCAGCUGCGCACCAUGGACCGCUUUGAUGACCCCAAGGGUCCUGCCAUCUCUGUUCCCCAGACGGAGUAAAAGACACAGAGCCAGUUUCCUUUCUCAUCCUCACAUCACUAGUGUUUACUUUGGUUAUUGAUUUUGCAAGUGUUAAUUUCUUGUUAUUACAUGUCAUUGGGGUGCUGCUGUUUUUUUGUCAUUCCUUUAAUGGCAUGUUCAUGGUUGAAUUUCAGGAAUACAUGUCUAGAUAAUAUUUGAACAAAUAAGAU